AUGAUCGUCCCGAGAUCCUGCUUCGAAAUAAAGGGCAGUAGGACUAAAAGGGGGGAUGCUGGUAGGGAUAGCGAGGAGCAGGGCCAGUCUGAUACAGAUGGGGAGGCGAGCGAUCAGGAAGCGGAAGAGCUGGAUGAGGGGGAUUUCCCGGACGUCGAGUGUGACGAGAGUGAUGUGCAGUGCAAGAAGAAGGUGGAUGGCAACGUUAGGAAGUAUCUCAGUACGGCAGGUUGUCGACGUGAUGUGCUGGACGACUACUACGAAAACCCGGCCCGAUCUCCGCCGACAGGUGUUUGCUGCGACAACUGUGAGAGAGCCGCCGAGAGCAAGGCGGUGGCUAUCGAGCGUGUCGGGUCCGAAGGCAGUAGCACUACUCCGCUUUCACCUUCGAGCGUCGUCAACACGCCCCGCAAGCGUAAGCACACCGGCCAACCGUCCACAUUGAAGAAACACCCGCGGACUUCGGACUCGGACGACGAUGUGUCGCCUGGAAUACUGUCGAAGCCGAAGAUCUCCAGGAGAGGCGGUGCACACCUCGCCGACACUAAGGACAAACUCAAUGACUGGCGACUCAAGACGAAGAGAGAAUCAUAUCCGCACGUACCGUUCAUGUCGUCGGGCAUAUUACCCGACCGUGCUUUGAAGACGAUUGCAUCAAGAAGGGACUUCGAGAACGCUGGUGAUCUGCGGACGAUGCGGCCGCUUUGGCCGUUGGCAGAGGUGGACGGGCUGGGAGGCCAAGCAUUGGAGGUCGUGCGAGAGGGAGAUCGGGAAGAGGCGGCGAGAAAGCGGACGGGUAGGGAUGAGCACGAAAGGGAGCGGAAGCGGCGAAAGAUUGAAAGGAAGAACGAUGCUGAGCGCGAGAAUGUACAGUUGUGGACGGAGGAGGCAAGGCAACGCGAGAGCGAGGCCUAG